AUGUUUCUGCAGAAUGAGAGCAUGGGCGAUGGGAAGUGGAGCAAUGCCAGCUCACUUUACAUGGAUCUCACCAACCUUGUGACCUGGGCGCACACUCAUGGCACCAUAUGCAAGCAGAUCCCAGCCUUGGAAAUUGUGCAGAACGUGGCUCACGCAAGCAAGGACAACUCUGUGCUGUGGAUCUGUGGAGUUGGACACGCGUAUCACUGGCAGUGUGAAAAACUCUACAUCAGAAGCAGAGAGGAGAGCAAAGCUGCAGAGAGGAGGAAGAGGUCAGUGUCCUGUGAGACUUCAGCAAGGGAAGCUAACCUGAAUGAAAAGAGGUUCCGGGUGACCCCAUCUUUUGAGUGGGGCAAAGAUGCUGUUAGCACAAGGUCAUGUAGCAGAUCUCCAAGGGGCACUCAGCAGAAGGGUGAUGCAGUCUAUGUAACACAUAAUGAGCCAUCACCCACUGAGAAUUUGAAGGCUGGCAAAUCCAUGAAAUCAGGCUUUGCAGAAAAGCACCAGUUCUCAGUGUCUGCUGGGGAAGCCCAAACCAACAGACCUAAGGUGAAGCAAGAAAGCAGCAAAGAUCUACAAAUCAUCUCUGAUGAAGAACAGUAUAUGUCAGAUGCAGACGACCGAGAAGAUGGAAUCAACCAGAAUGUUCUGUCAGAGCCACCAGUGAUGGGUGGAACUGCUGAGGUAGAUUCACAAAUGCAUCACAGUCAAAAUACAGCAUUUAACAAGCCAACAGCUACCCAAAGACCUGGCUUUACCCCCACAGGAAAGCUGUCCCCAACUCUUGUGUGCAUUCUGAAAUCCCCUCUCAGUGACCAAGGGAGCCUGGACAGCAGCUUCCUGAGGCUGGGUUCUCCUCUUCAUCCUGCAGGAUCAGUAAUGGAAGAUUCUAGAGCAAGAAAUCCCUCUGGGUCAGCAAUGCUGAAAGAACACGUCAGAUCUGUUCGUGCCUCCAACGCUGAUGCAGAGGCCCAUGUUGAGUCCCCAGCCUCUGUGGCAUUCUUUGAGUUUGAAGCCAGUGUAGACAUCCAGCAGGAGCUCCAGCUGAGCCCUCUGGAGCCCAGCAUGACAGGAGUUGACUUCAGUGAGAAUGUUCUUGACAGCCCCGCUGAGGAGAGUGAAACUUUGAGAUCUGUGCAGGCCCCUCAUCAUUCAGGCUUGCUGAAUCCAGAGAGCAGUAACACAGAGCAGCCACCUGCAGCUGGAGGUGUGUUAAAGACUGAGAAGAAGAAAAACCGUAUCUCUGGUGAUAUAAAAGUGUUCAAGGACUGGCUGGCUCUGCAUUGCCCGUUAGAAACACGGGAGGCCUAUGAGCUGCCACCCCAAGACCUUGAUAAUUACCUCGCCUUGUUCUACAGCUCUGCAAAGAGACAGAAUGGCACAGACUUCUCCCCCUGUUCCCUGCACUUCUUUCAGAGCGCCAUAGAGAGAUACCUCAAGGAUCACAGUUACAAGUACAGUGUGGUGAGAGGGCCAGAAUUCCGAGCAUCCCAGGAAGCCUUGAAGCUGAAACACCAGCAUCUGUCUCAGAAAGUGAGGGAGGGAGCGUGGAGCAUUCUGGAGAAGCUGACAGAUGAGGAUGUGGAAAGUCUUUGGAAGAAGGGACUUUUAGGUAAGAAUCACCCUCAGGCCCUUUUGCACCUCAUGUUCACAAACAUCAUCAGGGGGUUUGGGGCACGCACACACGCUCAGAGCCACAGCCCGUACUGGGGCCAGCUCGUGCUGAAGAGGAAAGAGGGAGGGCCAGAGUACUUGGAGUGGAAGGACAAUCUGAACAUGGAGCUGAGCACAGGGGGCUCGGGUCCACAUCUCUUUGCCAAGCCUGAUGAUCCAGAUAACUGUCCAGUGAAAAAUUACAAGGAGUACACUAAGAGGAGGCCACUGGAUAUGCUCCAUGACCACGAUCCGCUUUACCUGGCUCCCAAGCCGCUGUGCUCCAUCUGGGACCAGGUGUGGUACUGUAGGAAGCCACUGACAAAAGCCAAGAUGGAAAAGAUGCUGAAAAUUAUCAUCCAGCAAGUCAAAAGACCCGUGAAAUCCAGGAAGUAAAGGUAUCCAUGGAGGUUCUGCUCCACCUCCUGUUACUAGGAGUGUGUUUCAGAGCAUUCUUUGAGAGGUUCAAGUAUCAAUAGUGUAGGUAGGGGGAAAAACCUUCCCCUCAGUCUCACAUUAGAGCAGAAUUCACCUGCACAUUUGCAUCACCUUUGCUCUCAGGUUCAGUGAAAAACUACUGUUGUUCUGUUAGUGGGGUUGAUAAUUCAGGAAGUUCAGUAAAUCCAAGACUCUGGUUUCACAUUUGCCAAACAAGUUCAUUUUCUGCUGUAUUAUUAACAACAUAAACCAGCUGAUGUUCCCAUGGAGAGGGCUCAACAGCUAGAAGCUUGGCUUCAAGCUGGAGCUUCUAAGCUUGCGUUUAAGCUGCCCUCUGGGGAGCUGACACCUGGACACAGCAUUUAUUCUAGAGCAUAAGCCUGUGUGAGAAACAGGAGUUAGUUCUGGGGUGGGGGGAGCAGUGAGUGCCAGGUGCUCAUCCAUAUCCUGUGGGAAUGCUUUCAACAAGGUUAGUGUCCUUUUUCUUAGUGAAAGAUUAGUAGAUUUAAGAAGCUGUGACUGUGUUUUUAAAGAGCUGUGUAAGGCAGCUGACAGCAUUAUGAGGUUUUAUGGUCAGUGGUUUCCCCAAAACACUAAAUACAGCCACACAAAUUCACUCUGGUGGAGAAUCUUCUUUCAUCUGUUCACUGUUCAAUGGAUGUUGUCCUACAGCCCAGUCAG